AUGACAUCUCAAAGCGUCCACGCGAAGCCAAUCCCGGUCACGCCGAUCCGCGGUCUCUUCUGCAGAUUGAACGUCUUCCACUCGGUCGAUUCUCUGGACAAAUGGAGCCGCGGCUCGCUGGUUCUUUCUGAAAGCCUCUCUGCGUCUCCAGUCAUAGUACCUUCUUCGGAGGAUAUUCCCAUCCCGAGCGCGGGUGCACCUCCCUCCGCUCGUGUCGCCUUCCAGCUCCACGACGACCCUCUCGACGCCGUCGUGAUCACAACUUUGCCGUGCUAUCCGUUCUGCUGCCACGAAGAUCUCCUUCUCAUGUCCCGGAAACAACUCAUGGACGUCGCCACGAUAUUUAACGCUCGCUUACCUCAAAACAUUCAAAUCGAGCUGUCGGACGCCAUCAGCGAUGCGCACAUUCGACAUUGCAUCGAAAGGCUCGUGGGCAUCGUGCCGAAUGUUCCGGGGGCUCCGAAACCGGCGAAGUCCAAGAUCAUGGAGAAAGAGGGCGAGAGGAUGCUGAAGAUGAAUGUGGACCUGCACGCGGACGCACUUCCGUCUCCUCCUUCCAGUCCGCUGGCUAUGCGCGCCUCGCGCAGACGUGGCCUUUCUCUUAUGUCUAGCCCCCCUCGCGUACUAGAAAGCCUCAGGGAAGAAGAGGAGGAUGACGUUUUCUCAAACCGUAGGCACGUCAAGAAGCGCAAGGUUUCGGAUACCCAAGCCGCCCCGACUCGUGUUUUGUACGAAUGCGACAAUAGCGAUGUGCAGUCAACUCCUACCCCGAGUCGAACCCGAGCAUUCAAAGGCCAUGGAAAAGGUAGCUCCGCACCUCUCUCACAUGGGACGCCUUCUCUUUCUGCUGCGCAGCAUCGUUCGAAGCGCUUGAGACUGUCGGACGAUCUGGCUUCUGAUGUCAAGUCCUCCAAGAUUAACCAUGGGCAUCCGGGCUCCCCAGUUCGGUCGCACAAGGGGGAUCAAGGCGUUUGUUCUGUCUCACAGAGCUCCUUAAGGAUCGCGUCAUUUGAGGAGAGCAUAAGUCAUGAUUUGGACGUGAUGCGAAUGGACGUUGCUUGA